AGCUGCCGGGAGUUCCCCUCUCCUCCUCCCCCUGCUCCCUCCUCCCUACACUGUGUGAGUGCAUGCUGGGAGAGUGGGAGGGAAGUGCUGAGCUAAGUAAGUGCGUACAGCGCCAGGCUCUUCUCCCCAGGGCAGGAUCUAAUCCUCUGCCCAUCCACCUGAGCCGCGAUGGAGAAAAAUGCACCCCCUGAAAAUCUGGAAAACACCUUGCUUCGGAGCAUUGAGGAUGAAUACAGGAAAGCGUUUAAAUACAUAAAUAAAGGUUUGAGUACAGACGAGACAGGGUAUAAGGAAGAGGCUCGCAACUAUUACAAGCAAGGACAGGAGCAUCUAAUAAGAGGAUUAAAUAUAUCCUUACAGAGGCCAGAGUUCACUGGCCCAGCUUGGGAUAAUGCCAGGCAAAUGCAAGCUAAGAUGGAGGAAACCCUGCAGAAUGUAAACACACGUUUGAAUAUCCUACAGCAGAGUUUGACUUCACUUCCUUCCAAUUCCGCUGCAGAAAAUGCUUCAUCCCAGAUGCCUGCUUUGUACCCAGCCUUGCCACCUAAGGAGAAAGAGAAGCCAGAGAGGCCACCGCCUCCCAUAUCUCUUGUUUGCCCCUCAGAACCAUGUCCAGUGAAUGGUUUCUCCUCUGUGCCAAGUAGCGAAACUGUUCAGCCCAUAGAUCCCAUCAUGGGAGCACCUACACCCCCAGCAUAUACCCCUCAGGCUACCGAAGGUCAUUAUACAGUAUCAUAUGGGACAGAAUCAGGGGAGCUUUCAACUGUAGGAGUUGAGUUCUACUCCAUGGCAGCACAGCCACCACCCGUGCAGAGUCUUGGGGUGGAUGCAGAAGAGCUGAUUCUUAUUCCACAAGGGGUGCAGAUAUUUUUUGUAACAGCAGAUGGCCUUGUCACUGCACCCUCAUAUCCAGGGUACCUUCGCAUCAUAAAGUUUAUGGACACCAAUAGUGAGGUGGCUCAGAAUCGCCCACCUGCUUUUCUUCAGGUCUGUGAUUGGUUGUACCCCCUCAUGUGUACUCAGUCGCCAGUCCUGCGCACUAACACUGGAGUCUACAUGUUCCCAGACGUGAUGUCCCAGUUACCUGGAUCCUAUGUGGGAGUGGUUCUCUCUUCUGAGCUGCCCAUUGCUGACCAGGAACUGUUUGAGGACCUGCUGAGACAGAUGUCAGAUCUGAGAAUUCAGCCCUCUGAAGCAGCUAGUGAAGUUAUUGAUGUCAGUCAGACCGUGCACAUUAUUACUAUUCCUGAAGAAGAGGAAAAGGAGUUACCAGAAUGGAGUGAGAAAGUUGCCCAGGGAAUUCUUUCAGGUGCCUCUUGGAUUAGCUGGGGUUUGGCAAAAGGAGCAGAGCUGACAGAAAAGGCCAUCCACAAAGGCGCUUCUAAGUUACGAGAGCACAUUCAGCCAGAGGACAAACCACUUGAGGUCAGCCCCACAGUGGCCAAAGGGCUUCAUGUAGCAAAGCAAGCCACUGGUGGGGCAGUUAAAGUCAGCCAGUUUUUAGUGGAUGGUGUGUGUUCCAUUGCUAGUUGUGUUGGGAGAGAGCUAGCACCGCAUGUGAAGAAACAUGGCAGCAAGCUUCUGCCAGAAUCUCUGAAGAAAGACAAAGAUGGUAAAUCCCCUCUGGACGGAGCCAUGGCAGUAGCAGCAAGUGGUGUACAGGGAUUUGCAACAGUUUGGCAAGGUCUAGAAUUUGCUGGGAAGAACAUUGCUAAAAGUGUAGCAUCAGAGACUGUGCACACCAUCAAGCACAAGUACGGGAAAGACGCUGGCCACGUGACGGACAAUGCUGUCCAUUCUGCAAUGAACGUGGGCGCCACAGCAUUUAAUAUCGAUAACAUAGGUAUCAAAGCGUUGGUGAAGAAAACUGCUAAAGAGACUAGCCAUGCCAUUCUUGAUGAAUACAAGAUUAACAAGAAGCAAGAUGAGAAAGAGGAAAAGCACUAAAACAACUGCAUCUCUAACUUGCACAAACUGCCUUAACAUGAGAAUAUAACCUUUUCUCACUGGAGAAAUAAAAACACCUGGUUGCCCUUAAGCAGCUCGCUCAGCACCAUAACCCAACAUGAGGCUCGCUGCAAUGAUACAGCAUCUGCAAAUUCAUUUCUCUCUAUAGCAACGCAGAAACUGCCAUUAAUACUAAAAGUCUUUAUAAGGGAGCUGUCCUUAUGUGUGUGUGAUUUUUACUGUCACUCCAUUUUAGGUGCCUCAUACUUGAGUGUCAGGAUCUUACUUUCAUCACUGAGCAGGCUUGUUCCAUACACAAGACAGUGAAGGGGGACAUAGGAAUAGCUUGUGACCUGGUAUUCAGUUGAGAAAGCAUUCUCUAUCUCAAGCAUUAAAAAAGAUCCUUGGGGUGACUAACGCUGUGAUUGGCUAUUUGGUAGCCUAGCGUGUACUGGCAGACUGCAGGAGGCUCUGUUUAGCAGCGAACAAGGUCUUUAUGCCUACAAAAUAUGUUUCUAACUCAGAAAUUUAAAAAUGAAGAGACCACCGGGAGCAAUAUCAAAGGGGUUGGAGAGUUACAUGUUGCCCCCUGGUUGCUCUAUUCUAACUUAAAAUGUAUCCAGCACAGUGGUGUGGACUCAUGGGUUACAUUUCAGCCAGAGUACUGUCUACAAGAAGUUUGUAUGCUCACAUUCAUGCGUGACUUUACUUCUAUGCUCAAAAACCCUAUAGGAAAUAAAAUUGACUAUAAUGCUAGGGGAGAUGUGGGUGCUAUACAAAUAAAGUAUAAUAAGAAAAAAAAAAAAGAGAUGAGGAUACUAAGAGGAUUGCAGAAGCAUUAGGGUGAAGACACAUGGAGCUACCCUGCCAGAAACAAUACUGAGAGAAAAUUAUCAGUAAAUGAUCAGUAUUGUCUAUUUUAUUAGCUGUGACAAGUAGCUGCUACUGGUAGCUCCAUGAGUCUUAAGUUCAAGUGUGACUGAUGACCCAGUUUGUUUCAAGCAUACAAAAAAACCAAAGCACACUGCUGAAUGCAGAUUUUUGUUCCAUGUGUUUUAUUAGUAGUUUAUACUCCAUGCAUUCAUUACUUAUUAAUAUUUUUCAUCAGCUGGCACCACCCUGCUUGGUUGUCUUUAUUGGGAAAGUGUCUUCGGACUAAAGCAUUUAACUCACAGGCUAAACCUUUUUUUUAUGGAGACAAUAACAAAACCAACAACAACAUGGGGCUGCGAAUAUGCAUUGAACAGUUUUUUUUAUGUUAAGGGAGAGACAAGGAGCAAAGUUCUUUCUUUUUACACAGUAAAACCAUAUAAGUACUAUGUAAUAAUAAAGGGGGUAUAGUCAUGAGAAAGUUCGGAGAAGCAAUGAUAGCAAGUUAGAUCAUAGCCACAAAGAUGAGAUAUGUUUAUGAAAACAGAGCCAUUGUUUAUAGAAAUGUAAAGGAAAUUAGUGGUUAGGGAACACUAACCAGAACCCCAAUUCUUUCAUGUUUUGGUAAGCCCUGAGCAUGCUGUAUGACCAUUUAUUAUUACCUUCCCAAACUCAGCUAAUGGUGGCUUAGCAGGUUUAGUGUAAAGUAAUGUGAGCGGUACGUAGCAUUGUGUCUAAGAAUAGAUGAUCUGAUGUUGAGCAAAUAUAAUUCAGAUUGGUGGCACAGUACAGUGGUAGGAAGGAGAACACUAAUAAAAGAAUAGGAUGAGAUGAUAAGUUAAGAAGCUAAAAGCUAAGGGUGGAAAGGCAGAUCAGACUGUAGAGAUGGGAGCAAAGUGAGAUUAAUGGAACAUGGCCAAAGUAUUUUGGGGAUAGGGCUGUUGCUGCAUAGGUUCUCAAACCUUUCUCCAUGCAAGGUGUAUAAGUUAGUUAUUUCUAGCUUGUACAGUAAGAUUGCAUGUACUUUACAAUAUAAACAUCUUAACCAAAUUAUAAUUUUCCUUACAUAUGGCGCAGGAUAAAAUUCCAUUCUAUAUGGAAAUCUGAGAUAUCUGCUAUAUAUGUAAAUAUUUACAUGUAUAAGUAGAAACAAACAACUAUAGUACAGACCAGUUAUUUGGAAAUCUAUUUUCAGCUGUGCUUUUUUUGGGGGGGAAAAUUGAACAAAAACGGUCUUAUUUUAAUGUGUUUUCAGGAUAAAUAAGAACACAUAAAUUAAAUCUGAUGGUUAAAGAGGCAACUAGAGCCUAGACAAAAACAGUGAGUUCUGUUUCAGUGCAUGGGGCUACUGAAUUCCUAUACACAGCACAGCAAUCUUCUCAAUGUCCUGGUCUUUUAUCCCCAUGUGGCAGUCUGUGCAGUAAACAAAUAUUUUUUUGUUUAUUUUGAAGCAAUGUGAUAAAUUGUGAAUAUUGCAAAAUUAUAGUCUAAAAGCAACACAGAAUGAGCUGUUUGGCACAACUAGACUUCAGCCUGUACAUUUGGUUUACCCGUGCUCAAUUACAAAGCAUAGCAGCUUUUCUAUGUACCUAUUCACUGCUGUUUAAAUUGACAAAGUGAUUGCAGUACCCUUUGAUACAGUUUUCAGCAUUAUAAUCAAGGACAACCCCUAUUGAAUGACAGAGCUAUGCAAGUGUGUGUCACGGGACUGUGCAUCUGUCCUGGCCUCCAAAUGUCUAAGUGUUCAGAUACUAAUAGUCAUAUCACUGGAUGUUAACCAUGUCUCUUUGGUGCAUAUAAACACUGUUUACAUGUACCUGUUAAUACUACCCCCUUGCUGCUAUUAACACAAAUAUAACAAUUUCUUUCCUAUUAUGUACCUUACAUCCAAAGCAGUCACGAACCUCAUUCACUAUACCUCCCUUUAACAUAUUCAGUGCAGGCAUGAACAACUAAAGGGCCUAUAGGUGUUGCUACCAGUAGCAGAAGGUGUGUUCUGGAGUUGUAGUUGAACUGUUGAAGGCCCACCAGUUGCUUAUACCUGAUUUAGCGGUUUAAUCCAUUGACUUGAAAUGACUUUAUAUGACCUUUUACAUGACUUCUGCACUUUAUGAAAAAUAAAAAUAGCUUUAUUUAAUGCAAUAUUCUGAAAAGUGUUAAUGUUAAGCAGUUAAUGUUUUCCAUUGCUGUUAAUAAAGAACUUAUUUACCAAA